GACACUAGCAUAUUCAUCAGUAGCAAGAUAUUAUUCUUAUCUGCCUGCUGUUAAUAUUUGUUUGUUUCUGCCUUUUUCAAUGUCCCUCUAUUCCCAGCAGAGAGAAGACUAUCAGUAUGAAGAGGGAGAAUCAGAGCAGCACGUCCGAGUUCCUCCUCCUGGGCCUCCCCAUCCAGCCAGAGCAGCAGGCCGUGUUCUUCGCCCUGUCCCUGGGCAUGUACCUGAUCACAGUGCUGGGGAACCUGUUCAUCAUCCUGCUCAUCUGGCUGGACUCUAACCUUCACACCCCCAUGUAUUUCUUCCUCAGCCACUUGGCUCUCACUGACAUCUCUCUUUCAUUUGUCAUGGUCCCAAAGAUGUUAAUGAGCAUGCAAACUCAGGAUCAAUCCAUUCUUUAUGGAGCGUGUGUAACUCAGAUCUAUUUUUUCAUAUUUUUCACUGAUCUAGACAAUUUCCUUCUCACUUCAAUGGCAUACAAUCGGUAUGUGGUCAUCUGUCACCCCCUCCGCUACACCACUAUCAUGAAAGAGGGAUGGUGUAACUUACUGGUAGCAGUGUCCUGGAUCCUCUCCUGUACCAAUGCCCUGUCUCACACUCUCCUCCUGGCUCCACUGUCCCUUUGUGCUGACACCACCAUCCCCCAUUUCUUCUGUGACCUUAUUGCCCUACUCAAACUCUCAUGCUCAGAUAUCUCCCUCAAUGAGCUAGUCAUUUUCACAGUGGGAUGGGCAGUCAUUACUCUACCACUAAUAUGCAUCUUGAUCUCUUAUGGCCACAUUGGGGUCACCAUCCUGAAGGCUCCAUCUACCAAGGGCAUCUUCAACGCUUUGUCCACCUGUGGCUCCCACUUCUCUGUGGUGUCUCUGUAUUAUGGCACAAUUAUUGGACUGUAUUUUCUCCCCUCAUCCCGUGCCUCCAGUGUAAUUGUCUCUGUGAUGUACACGAUGAUCAUGCCAUUGCUGAAUCCCUUCAUUUAUAGUCUAAGGAACAGGGACGUAGAGGGAUCCCUGGAGAGACUCUUCAACAGGACAACAGUCUUAUCUCAAUGACAUUUGCUCUUCUUUAUAACAGACAUAUUUAUUGACCUCUCUCCCAAUGAUAGAUCCUUAAUCCUGAUCCCAGCAAGGGAUAAAUGCUCAGUAACUCUCUGAUGACUUGAAUUGCAUUCUGUUACAGUUCUUCUCUCUUUUCCUCUGUAGUGUAAAUUGUCAAUUCUGAGUUUACAUAAUUGGUUAUUUAUCUUGCCUAUUAGAUUCAGAAAUUACAUAGUUAACAGAACUUAAAUCUUUGCUUUUAU